GAAGUUGAUGAAGAUGUUCUUAAGGACCUAUACGGCGGUAAAGACCACAUGUCUAUCCUAUUCAUGGGUCAUGUUGAUGCUGGUAAAUCAACCAUGGGUGGUAACUUGUUAUACCUAACAGGUUCUGUUGAUAAGAGAACAAUUGAAAAAUACGAAAGAGAAGCUAAAGAUGCUGGCAGACAAGGUUGGUAUCUUUCGUGGGUCAUGGACACCAACAAGGAAGAAAGAGCUGAUGGAAAAACUAUCGAGGUUGGUCGAGCUUACUUUGAAACUGCCAAAAGAAGAUACACUUUGCUAGAUGCCCCUGGCCAUAAAAUGUAUGUCUCUAAUAUGAUUUCUGGUGCAUCUCAAUCAGAUACUGGAAUCUUGGUUAUUUCUUCAAGAAAGGGGGAAUUCGAAGCAGGUUUCGAAAAGGGUGGUCAAACAAGAGAACACGCCAUUUUAGCAAAGACUCAAGGUGUCAACAGCCUAAUUGUUGUCAUAAAUAAAAUGGACGAUAUUACUGUCAAAUGGAGCAAAAAAAGAUACGAUGAGUGUGUCAAAAAAUUAACUCUUUUCUUAAAAGCUGUUGGUUACAAUAUUAAAACUGACAUCACAUUCAUGCCUGUUUCUGGUUAUACUGGUGAUGGUAUAAAAGAAAAAGUCAACCCCAAAUCAUGUCCUUGGUACACUGGUCCUGCAUUACUAGAAACUUUGGACAGUCUCAAAUUGACAAACAAGAAAUUAAAUUCUCCCUUCAUGUUGCCCAUUGCCGGUAAAAUGAAAGAUUUGGGUACAAUCGUUGAAGGAAAAAUCGAGAGUGGUUUAGUCAAAAAGGGUUCUUCACUAGUAAUUAUGCCCAAUAAGAUAAACGUCGAAGUAAUCACAAUUUUCAAUGAAUCUGAACAAGAAGUCACCCAAGCUAUUUGUGGUGAACAAGUCAGAUUAAAAUUAAAGGGUAUUGAAGAAGAAGAUAUCCAGCCAGGUUUUGUGUUAUCUUCAUCCAAAUUUCCAGUCAAGGUUGUUAGGAGAUUUGCUGCUGAAAUCGCUAUAAUUGACUUGAAGUCUAUUUUAACUGCUGGUUUUACUUGUGUCAUGCAUAUUCAUGCUGCGAUUGAAGAAGUUACAUUUGUAAAAUUACUACAUCACUUACAGAAAGGAACUAAUAAAAAAUCUAAAAAGGCACCAGCUUUUGCUAAAAGAGGUAUGAAAAUUAUUGCUGUUCUUGAAACAGCAGAUCCUGUCUGCGUCGAAACAUAUGAAGAUUAUCAACAACUAGGUAGGUUCACAUUAAGAGAUCAAGGUUCUACGAUUGCAAUUGGAAAAAUUGUCAAAUUACUUAAAAAUCCAUCAAAUUAA